UAACUAGCGGUGCGGUUGCCUCUUUCUUUAAAAGUGCCCCGGCGCGGCUCCUUCCCCCAACGCGUGCCCGGCAGAGAAGGGGCUUUUUGCAUCCCCCCGGCGGGGCGCUGGAACGGAUCCUCUUGACGCCAAGCUCCGGGAUCCUUUUUUCUUUCCAAAGUAGCAACUCCCUGCUCUUCCUCCGGCUCCUUCAGCAUCCUCCCCCCCCCCCCCGCCGCCCCCGGGCCUGGAUCAGCAACAGAAGCGUUAGGAGGGGGUUUGGAGAACUGAGCUGCUUCUUGUCACCACCCCGGGAAGCGAGGCACAGCCCCCCGCUCGCUCUCUCUCUCUCUCUCAGCCGUGCCCCCGAUUGAAUGCAAAGUUUGAGCAUCCGAGGAGCUGGUACUUUCCGCCCCUCCCUCCCGCUUAGAUCUGGAUUUUCCUUCCUGCCUCCUGGACUGGGCAGGGAGGGGAGGAUGGGCGUGAAAUUUACAAGCGGUCGCUUGUUGCAUCCGUCCGGCCAACUCCUGCAUCCUCAAGCGAUGCAUCUUCUUGGAUGAAGGCGAGCAAAGGGGUCCCCCACGCUCUUCGUUUCCUUUUGCUCCCCCCGUCCCCCACCCUCCCCCCAUCGCUUCCCGGGAGAUUUGCCCGUGUGGGGUGGGCUGGAAAGGGGGGCGGCUGAGCUACAGCCUCCUGGCUGGGGACUUGACUGGGGGUGCGGGGCAGUGAGCGGGGGAGGAAGAAACUCUUGGCGGUGCAAGGGAGGGCGGAGAGGGGAGCAUGCCCGGCGUCCCUUUCACGGCGGAGCCAUCCUCCAUGGGGACCGGACCCUUCUAAAAUGACUUUCCCUGAUCUGACCAAUGCCAGCUUGAAUGGGAACCGGACGGGACAGGGCAGCGCGAACCGGUCCUGGAGGGAGUGGGGGCUGCCGGGGGAAGAGGCGGAGACCAAUGGCACCUCCCUGCCUUUGGCUCUGGAUCUCCAGGCGGUGGGCGUAGGGGUCUUCCUGGCCCUCUUCAUCCUUUCGGCCAUCGUGGGCAACAUCCUGGUGAUCCUCUCGGUGGCCUGCAACCGGCACCUGCAGACGGUCACCAACUACUUCAUCGUCAACCUGGCCAUCGCGGACCUGCUGCUCAGCACCACCGUCCUGCCCUUCUCGGCCACCCUGGAGGUGCAGGGCUCCUGGGCUUUCGGGCGCAUCUUCUGCGACAUCUGGGCGGCGGUGGAUGUCUUGUGCUGCUCCGCCUCCAUCAUGAGCUUGUGCAUCAUCUCGGUGGACAGGUACAUCGGGGUCAAGUACUCCCUCAAGUACCCCGCCAUCAUGACCGAGAAGAAGGCGGUGGUGAUCCUCGGGGUGGUCUGGCUCUCCUCCAUGGUCAUCUCCAUCGGGCCCCUGCUGGGAUGGAAGGAGCCGCCUCCCCCGGACGAGAGCAUCUGCAGCAUCACCGAGGAGCCGGGCUAUGCCCUCUUCUCCUCCCUCUUCUCCUUCUACCUGCCGCUCAUGGUCAUCCUCGUGAUGUACUUCAGGGUCUACGUGGUGGCCCGGCGGACCACCAAAAGCCUGGAGGCGGGGGUCAAGAAGGAGAGGGGCAAGUCCAUGGAAGUGGUGCUGAGGAUCCACUGCCGCAGCGUGGUGGAGGACUCGCUCUCCAGCGCCCGGAGCAAAGGGCACAACUUCAGGAGCUCGCUUUCCGUGCGCCUCCUGAAGUUCUCCCGGGAGAAGAAAGCGGCCAAGACCCUGGCCAUCGUCGUGGGGGUUUUCAUUCUCUGCUGGUUCCCUUUCUUUUUCGUCCUGCCUUUCGGUUCCUUCUUUCCUUCCCUGAAGCCCUCCGACAUGGUCUUCAAGAUCAUCUUCUGGCUCGGAUACUUCAACAGCUGCGUGAACCCCAUCAUCUACCCCUGCUCCAGCAAAGAGUUCAGGAGAGCUUUCAUCCGGCUGCUCAAGUGCCAGAGCCACCGGCGCCGGCGGCCCAUCUGGAGGGUGUAUGACAACCACUGGCGCGCCACCUCCGUGAGCAGCUCAGGGCGGGAUUCUGACAGGAACAUGGGACCCAGAAUCACCACCCUCAACAGCUCUUUCAUAUUGAACUCCACCCCCCAGGAAAGAACCCCUAAGAGGCGAACGCUAAGCUUCAAAGGGUGGAAAAUGGUCACCGCUUUCCAAAAACCAUCCUCCACCCAGCUGAAAGAAAAGAUGAACAGCCUCUCCAACAAAAUAAGGGGUGGCUCCUGCAAAGGGGGAAUGACCGCAGCUUACAAAAUGGAGGUGGAGUCUGUUUCAAUAGGGAUCCCUAAUGACUUCACGGAGGCUAUUGACUACCAAGUGUACGAUUUACCAGACUGCUGCGGGCUCAGAGAAACGGAUAUUUAAAGCCCUGGGACAACUAUUUGUUUGUUUUAAAAUGUGCAUUACACGUGGUUAGAGAGGACGAAAACAGGAUGCAAUCGAUACGUUUGUCAGGCAGACUGAAAAAAGCGAUCAGGUGUCAAAUGAGCCACCGGAAGUUUCUGUGAUCACCGCCCAUUAAGGUUACAGGGUGCUAAGGGCUUAGUAUAAGGGAAAUUCUAAUGCAAUGCCAGAGUCUUAUCCACUGUAUUGCUAGGUGAAGGAAGCAGUGGGACUGCGGGGUCUAGGGAAACGAUCUGGUUCUUCUGGUAGGGUGAUGGUGUUUCAUGGCUGCUGUGCAAUUCAUGGGAAACUAGAAUGCAUCCUUCACAAUUCCAAAAAAAAUAGAAAGGUCAACACCAUGAAGGCACCAAAGCUGGGUGUAAUUCUCCUGACAUAGUGCAUGUGACCACAUGUCCUUCCAGAAGCUGUUCCCAGCAAAGAUUCAGCUGCUGCUUAGCGACAGAGCUGUUCUGUUAGUUUAAGGAUAAGGGCUUCUGGUGAAUGCCCCAGGGUUUGAUUCCUGCUGUCGACUCUGGGGGUCUCUGAUCAUAGAAUCAUAGAAUACCAGGGUGGGAAGGGAGCUCAGGAGGUCAUCUAGUCCAACCCCCUGCUCAGAGCAGGGCCAAUCCCCAAUUUUCACCCCAGAUCCCUAAAUGGCCCCCUCAAGGAUUGAACUCACAACCCUGGGCUUAGCCGGCCAAUGCUCAAACCACUGAGCUAUCUCUCCCCCACCACAGGUAUAUCUGGCCACAGGUUACUACAUAUGCAUAAGAUGGGUUUAUUCCUGAACAGUCAUCCUCACUUACACACUGAAGCAAAAGGAAGCACGGGUCUUUUUUCUAAUCCAAAUCUGAGAUACACUUCUCAUUUUACUUUGAGUUUGAAUAGCGCCCUGAGCCUUGCACAGCACCCACAGCCAGCACCAGCGCUAGUGCAUGUUGCUCUGUGUCAGCAGCGAGGAAACACUGCCAGGCAUGCUUUUUGAUAUUGGACGUGUCUGGCUCUUCGGCCACCACCUCUUCCUCUCUUUCUUGCUCUCCCUCUCAAACAAUAAGAGAGAAACGGUGGCAGCAAAGUUCAGCUCAAGACUCAAACUUCCCCAUAGUUUGGGAUGGACGUUUCCAUGUAGGCCCAUCUCUGAGGUUAGUGUGUCAGAGCUAAAGUCAAACAUCUCUCCAUAGAGGUUGGAGUUCCCCCUUGUAAUGCAUCAGGUUCUUGAGCUGAGUCAGUCCACGAUGAUAGUCAUCACUCUUGUGCCGUUCUGAUACAAUUCCUUGCCGAGACGGCGGAGCUACCCAAGCUGAACCGUUCAGUGGCCCUCAGUAAUUGUCGGUUUUGUUGCUUUUGUUGUGGCCAAAAAGAAUAGCAAUGAUUUUUGUCCCCACCAUGCACAGAUCCAGAGUGAGCCCUCAUCCGAGAGGAUGUAGUGGUCUCCAGUGCCCUAGACUAUGUGGAGAAUGAAGAUGUGUGAUCCCCCCCCCCCCAAAAAGGGCACCAUCAGUAGCACCAACCAAGUAUGACCAGGCACAAUGUGGUGUGUUAUGCUUUGUUGUAUAUUUGCACUCAGCCAAUUAGUUGGUCAAACUCCACCAAGCUGUGUAUUUCAUGUGUCUAUUUUGUUGCAUUUUGGGCCACUGAUGAGCUCAGGAGGCUCCACAAAGAACCUACGUUAAGUUUAGAAAUAGGCUCGGCCCACAAUCCCUGAAUUCAAAUGCCCUGGGAACUUGGGCAGAGCGCAGGUCUGAGUCUAAAAGUCUUAUCUCAGGUCCGUUCUCUGGUGCAAAUAAAAAUAUAGGGAACCAUGCUCCAUAGUGGAGACAUGCUGUCAAAUUCAUCCCAGGUGUAAUCCCACCAUGGUCAGUGCAGUCCCACCUGGGGCAAAUUUGGCCCAUUAAGACUAACAUGGCUUUCAUUACUGGGGCCUGAUAUAUGUUUACCCAGCCUCUCUGACUAAGCUUUUGCAAGAAGAGAAACCCAGCUGCCAGGCUCACAGUGUUAGAAAAACCGGGUAUUAUGUUUUGUCCUCCUUGCUCUUUGUUUUUAAAUGGAAACUCAAUAUACAAAGAAAGAAAGAAAGAAAGAAAGAAAGAAAGAAAGAAAGAAAGAAAGAAAGAAAGAAAGAAAGAAAGAAAGAAAGACUAAUAUAAGAAAGAAAGAAAGAAAGAAAGAAAGAAAGAAAGAAAGAAAGAAAGAAAGAAAGACUAAUAUAUUGGAUACCAAGAUGCAGUGUAUGGAGUGAGUCGUAGCUGAACUCUGCAAUACCCUUGUCAAGCUGACACUGAACGAAAUGAAUUAUUGCACAAGCAAGUCUGGUGUGUGUCAAACUAUUCCCUGCAGGAAGCCAACAAUAUCAAGCAGCACUGGCCAAUAGUGCACUCGCUGUGAACCAUGUCUGGUUCGUUACAGUGUGUGUUCAGAGAUUGCUAAGAGGCUUGCCAAAUAGUGCUCAGAAAUACCAGUCGGCCCAAUCCUGCCAAAAUUCCCAAGGGGACCCAAUUGGGCCUUCUCAGUGGGAAAAGCAUAUUUCUUUUCGGGUUUGUAGGAGCCCUGCAGUGACCGUAAAUAAAGGGUGAGCUGAGAAUAACCAAAUAGCCCUUUAGCAAUGUAAGAACAGUGCCUGCAAAUGGUUACCAUACAAAGCAUGACACAGGGCCCAACCCUGCCCCCUCCAAAUUCCCACUGCAGUUGAUGGGCGCUGUUCAAUUUGCAGUUAUUGUUUAUUUACUGCUAAUUGUUUGGAGCCCAAUCCCACAGCCAUUAAAGUUAGUGGAAAGACUUCCAAUGAGUAGGAGCAGGCCCUUCUAAGCAUUGUGUAGCCAUGCCUGGGACAGUACAGCCAUGCAAAGAUGGGAGCCCCCAAGCCGAGGAGCUUGCAACUUAAAGGCACUGUUGGGUCCAUAGCACUAUGAGACAGUGCCAGAUAGGCAAAGCCAGAGCAGUGUGUGGUCACUGGCGCUGGAAUCUAGCCGAGAGCAGGUGGCUUGUCAGGAGCUCUGGAAGGAGAACAGUCCAUUCACCCUGCCCUUGUCCCCCUACUCCAGACACAUGGGCAUGUAUUCCAUUGAUGUUAAAGGGAGAUCUGCACUGACAAUAGGACUAAUCCAUUGGACAGGUAAGGCGCUGUAUGGAAACAGGUAGUUAUUCCAGAUCUGCUGACUGCAGGGGAUAGAAAGCACACCAGGGGGCAAAAGGUGCUUAUAAUCAUGGGUCCACGUUUGUAGCUGUGGUAAUUUGCGAACAUUUAACCAUCUAAAUUCAUGACCUCCAGGUGCAAUCAGGCUGUGAGUUGUACAAGUGAUGUUAACUGCACCCACCAAAAUGGAGGCCUAGUUAAGGGCAGGAUGGAAAUUUGAUCUUAAAUGGGAAUUUCAUAUAAUAUUAAUGGAUUUAUGCGGGUAACUUCCCAUUCAAUGAGAUGAGAAUACAUCCAUCUGUGUGUAUAUGUGUGUGUAGAUUUAUAUGCUGCAUACAGGUACAUACACUCACAUAUAUAUAUAUAUACCAACAUACUGUCAUUUCCCAAAUCACAGACAUUUUCUCAUAAACUGAGGAUUUUCCAGGUCUGUCUAGCUGUUCCUGGCAAGCAUUUUAUCAAAUAUUCCUCCCAAAUUGCUGAGGCUGUUGCUAACACUUCUGCCUGACCUUUUAAAUUAGCUUCUUCUGUUUCAUUUUUAUGAUUUCAUAUACCUGAAUGUAUAACCUCUGAUCACUUGAAAGCAUUCAGCAAAGCAAUGUCUAAUUGUUGGGUGUUUCACCGAUUCUCCCUCCGGGUUCUAUUCAGGGCCACAGGGGAACAGAGGAGAUAAAACUAGGCUUAAACAAGCCCCACACAUCUCCUUUGUUUUGUUGAUUGCAGCUGACCUGGUGUUUGAAUUAAGACAUCUGGAGAUGCAUAGAGCAUAAAGUAGAAUUAUGUGGGGCGCAUUUACUAUAAUGCUGUUUAAUAAUACCUGCUACUUGCUGUAGCCUAGUGCAUUUAGGCAGCAGUUUUGUUCUUCGUUUAAACCAGGGAUGCAAGUUCCCCCUACCAGGGAUGGCUUAGUUUUGUGCAGAGAGGCUGAAUCCAUCAGAGGAAAGUAUUCCAACACCAGCUGCUGUGCAAUACUUUUACAGGGUCUUGCAAAAUUCUGCCCUUCUGUCAGCUGAUUCUGGUUGCAUUCGAGAUCAGUGUGGGUAUUAACUAAGCACGUAUAGAAGUUAUAACACCAUUCAAGACAGGCUGGGACAUCAUAACCUAUAGCUGCCCAUGUUCGGGUGAUUCAGUUCUAUCUUCCUGGUCAGUCUGGAGACCAAAGCUUAGCAUUGGUUAAAUACUGAUUACAGAAAAAUGUAACUUAUUUGAGGGAUUUUGUCUGACGAUUUGAGAUAAAUAGAAAAUAAGCAUUUCUUAAAAAAAAAAAAAAGCCAGAUCCCCUGUUGGUACGAAUCAACAUCACUUCAUCGAUGCUGGAGUCCAUUGGCGCUAUGCUGAUUUAUACCCGCUGGGAGUCUGAUUUAGAUCUUGGUUACACUGUUGUAAAUCUAGAGUCACUCCAAUGAAUUCAGUGGAAUUACGUUAGCGGGAUACCAGAACAGAAUCAGGGUCAUAAGCUAGCCUUCGUCUCUUCACACAAAGCGCCCGUUGAUAUUGACAGGCAUGAUAUCAGAGGGUCAGAAUAUGGGCUGGAGUGUUUCCUAUAGAUAGUUAGAGUCUAAAAUUGCUUUAGAGACCAUCCCAGUCUAUCAAGGGAACCAAUAUCUUGGCUCAUAUAAAUAAUUAUUAUAAGGAGUGAAAAAACACUUAUGUGGGAAUUUGGAAAGAUGCACUUUUUUUACCUGAUUGGAUAAUGACUUUGAUAAACACUUUAUAAAUGACAUUUUCCUGUGACUGAUUUAAUUGCAAUGUGGAAUGACAUAUAUUUUGGUACAAGCACUCAUUUUGAAAAUGCAUAUUAUUUACAUAAUUGAUCAUAAUGGCUCCUGAGGAAGGGUUAUGAUGAAUCCAGGUAAAGACAAAUAAAACCCAGCACAGAAAGCACAUGUCAGAAAGUAGAUAUUUUACCCAAUAAACUAUAGGAGUUCAUAUGAUAUAAUCUGUAAAUCCUAUAUUUACAAGUUAUUGAACCAAUAUGUAAUUGAAUUAGUGCAGAGGUCACUUGUACCAAAUUCACAAUCAGUAAAAAAACCCAUGGAAUAUUUAAUUAGCAUAAGAUGCCAUUUGCCAUGGUUCAUGCAGUCUGGUCUCCAUGUCGUGGCCAAUAGCUGAUGUUGAAAAGGAAGGAGAAAAUAACCCUUAAUGCAUGUACCCAACAGUGCAACAAUGUCCAUCAGAAAAAAAGUUCCUUCCUGACCCCUGCAGGGAAUUAUGCUCUGAAGCAUGAGAGCUGAUCAUCAUUAUCCAAACUAGAGCUGUACCUGAACUGCAACAUUUAGCUCUGAAUGCUGUUUGAAAAUCUUAAGCUGGGCCUGAAUCAAAAACCUCUGUAUACUAACAUGGGAGGUGUUCAAAUUUGGAGGAAGUGUUGUUGUUUUUUAAACAGCACUGUAAAAAUCAGUUGGUAAAUCCCAAGGUCACCUGCUCCCAACUCCUUGCACUAAGAUCAGAGGAAAGUGUUGUUAGGCUCUUGGAUUAAAAGGCGCAUAUGGCUUUGGCCUAACCUUCUCCUGCACAAAAUAUCCCUCCACUGAAAAACCCUCUGCCCUUGUUCCUUUUUAUGCUAUGUAUAACAGGGGCCCCAUUCUCCCUCCUCUAGGAGACUUUAUUUUUCAUCCUCAAUGUAUUUAUUAGUCAAAGUAUUUCUGUGCAGUGACUCCACCAGCUGAAAUUCACAUGCGUUUUCUAUCUUUCUGUCAAGGAGACAGAAUUUGUUUCUCCUCCCUUCCCCCCACACCCACGUAAAGAGCCAAACACAAGGUGAAGCUGGCUCAGCUCCUGCCCCCCCCCCAAAGCACUCAGAUCCUAACUGUGGGGAUGGGGGCCA